UUCUGACUUCACAUGCUGGUCUUCCUGGUGUGGCUGCUUCUAUUUGCUCGGACGGUGAGCCAAGCGAAAAGCCUCAUGUGUCCCAUCAGCGACCCUCUUCCUGUUCCUCAUGAGUGGUAUCAACGUGGUGACCUUCUUUUUGGUGGAAUUGCUUCUCAGAUGAUGUGUCUCUUAUCUCUCAUUUUCUUUAAGAAACAUCCUUCUAAGGAGCUGGGCUUUGAUCUUCCUAUUACGGUGCCAAAGUUCUACCAGCACAUCCAGACCUUGGCAUUUGCUGUCAAUGAGAUCAACGAGAAUCCAGAGAUCUUGCCCAACCACACCCUGGGAUUCCAUAUCUUGGACAGCUACUUUGAUGCAAGGAUGACCUACCGUAGCACCAUGGAGUUCCUUUACAAUUCAUUCCGAUUUGUCCCCAACUACGAAUGUGUAACCCGGAGAAACGUAGUAUCUGUCAUCGGAGGAAUGGGUUCUCAUAUUUCUCUCUGUAUGGCAGACAUCUUAAGUCUGUACAAAAUUCCUCAGCUUCAUUCAUUUCUUCAAGGCAUUUCAUUUAACAACUCUAUGGGAGAAAAGGUGUCCUUUGAUGAUCGUGGAGAAAUGGUAACUGGCUUCGACAUUGUGAAUAUGGUCAUUUUUCCUAACCUCUCCUUCCAUAGGGCGAAAGUUGGAAGAGUGGAUCCCAACGCUCCUGAAGGAAAAGAGGUCAUUCAGGACAAUUUAAUCGAAUGGCAUCAUAAUUUUAAUCAGGUACAGCCAGUUUCGGUGUGUAGUGACCCUUGCCCUGCGGGUUUUCAAAAGAGAAAGAAAGAAGGGGAGAAAUUUUGCUGCUACAAUUGUGAUCCAUGUCCUGAAGGGAAGAUUUCAGACCGAAAUGAUAUGGAUUACUGUUUCCAGUGUUCAGAAGAUCACUAUCCGAGCAAGAAUCAAGACCACUGCAUCCCCAAAAGCAUAACCUUCCUGUCUUAUGAAGAUCCCAUAGGGAUUGGGUUGGCCUCUCUUGCUGUGUUUUUUGUUAUAAUUACAGCUUUGGUGACUGGAAGUUUUAUUAAGCACAAAGACACUCCCAUAGUCAAAGCCAACAAUCGGGACCUCACCUACACUCUCCUCAUCUCCCUCCUGCUCUGCUUCCUCUCUUCCUUGCUGUUUCUUGGACAACCUAGGAUGUUGACUUGCCUUCUCCGACAGUCUGUUUUCAGCAUCAUCUUCUCCAUGGCAGUUUCCUCCAUGUUGGCGAAAACCACCACUGUAGUUGUGGCUUUUAUGGCUACCGUGCCAGGUUCAAACAUGAGAAAGUUGAUGGGGAGAAGGCUGCCGACCUCGAUUGUCAUUUUCUGCCCCCUCAUUCAAGCAGGUAUUUGUGCCAUCUGGCUAGGGACGUCUGCCCCAUUCCCAGAUGCAGACAUGCAAUCCCUGACUGAAGAGAUCAUAAUAGAAUGCAACGAAGGGUCCGUCUCCAUGUUUUAUCUUGUCCUUGGCUACCUAGGAGUUUUGUCUGUUACCAACUUUGUGAUAGCUUUCCUAGCUAGGAACUUGCCAGACACUUUCAAUGAAGCCAAGUUCAUCACCUUCAGCAUGUUGAUUUUCUGUAGUGUUUGGUUUUCUUUUGUUCCAGCCUACUUGAGCACCAAAGGGAAGUACAUGGUAGCUGUGGAGAUCUUCUCUAUCUUAGCCUCUAGUGCUGGCUUACUGAUCUGUAUCUUUUUCCCCAAGUGCUAUAUCAUCCUUUUGAGACCUGAGAUGAACAGCAAGGAACUGCUAAUGCAGAAAAAGAACUAA